AAUUUUGUGGAGCGCAGUGCGACACAGACUUCUGCACAAGAUAAGAGAUAAGAAAAAACAAAAGAACCAAACAAGCGAGAGGAAGAAUUCUGUUCCUUUACGACUCAUUGACCCAAGAAGCUUCUCAACAGAACUGUCCUGGCCCCUCCUACCUGUGCCCCCCCUCUUCUGGAGAGAUGGACCGAUCCGCACAGGAGCUCUUUCUCAACUUCAUGAUCGUGCUGAUCACAGUUCUGCUUAUGUGGCUGCUCGUCAGAACCUAUCAGGAGGCAUGAACUGUUUGGUCUGGAGUGAGAGCAUGUGGAAGAGCUGGCCACCAUGAUCAGCGCAUGAUGAUUGAGCUCCAAUUGUUGUGGUUAUGAUUUGCUUACAUUAAUCAUGUGAUAUGAAGAAUAAUUCAAUGACCCUUGACCCCCUUUUUUGCUUUUGUGUACUUUUGCACAACUUGUGAACCAUUUGGAUUUCCAAAGAAUGUGUUAACUUGAUAAAUGUAAGCUUAACUUAUAAAGUUGUGCUUCCAAUAAAAGGGAAAGAACUAA